AUGACACUAAAGUCAUCUCAUAUAGAACGGACGGUUGAUUGGGUUGGCAAUUCUGCGUGCCAUACUGCUCAUUACCCAUGUCAAAGUUAUCAAAAAACAACGGCGGGAGGCGAUCUAGCAGUGGAUUUCAGUGAAGAAACUGCCAUAAUAAGUAUUGGCACCAUGAUCGUCUUCCUUGUCUUUGUGGCGGCCUUGCUCACUGUGUUCUUCUUGCUCUUCCGUCAACAAGCCAAGUCCAUAUGGUCAUCUACGGUUAUGGUGUUCAACCGGCCAAGCCACCACGAGACGGCGCCGCCAUCAUUAAUGGCGGAGGAAAUUAUUAAGGAAGAUGAUGAUGGCCUUGAAGUACUCCAGUGUGUGGUGUGUUUAUGUCAACUCUACGAGGGCGAAAAGUACCGGCUACUACCCAAGUGCAGACACAAGUUCCAUGUUCAUUGUAUUGAUGCUUGGUUAAAAGGCGGCCAUUCAACAUGUCCUCUAUGCAGAAGUACUGUUCCUCACACCUAUCUUCCUAACUCCCAAGAUACUUAUCAACAGCAACAGCAGCAUUUUUUUUAUGGUGCUGAUCUCCUUUACUGUUGUUUCAUUUCUUUCUUUGAAAAUCUCUGUAGAUGGUUGGUCAAUCCGCUUAACCCUGAGCUCAUGUCAGCUCUCUGUGAGCAGUGCCAGUACCUACCUUCAUAG